UGAAGUUUUGUUGUCCGUUUCCUUGUUUUGCUAAUAUUUUUUGUUGUGUUUUUUGGAUUAGUUUGAUUUCCGCUUCGAUAAAUGUAGAUCGUUAUCAAGAGGCGGCGGUGCUAGUCCGUGCCAUGUUGAAUAUAGAUGUGGAAGAAUCUCCUUGCCAGCAGCGACAGCGGGAUUUCAAAGCAGCCUUCAAAGUCUUCAAAGCUGCAAAGGAUCCCGUUUUGGAGUCGCUCGCGCACGAUGGUGUCACGGUAGCUGAUCCUAGAGUGCGUAAUUCUGAUGAUAAUGCAGCUGAUUCGCAAUGGAGAAGGCGACAUCCUUGUAUCGAUGCAUGCAUAUCCGACAGCGAGUUACAGGAGAUGGGCUUAAUUCCAGUAAAAGACUGGUGCAUUCGCGAGCUGAUCGCAUCGCCAGGCUCGAUGGUGAUUUCUAAUCCCUUUACGAACGAUGGCCGACGGAAGUGGAUUCGACGGUGUUUGAUGGAUUUCCCUCGAACAUCCGAAAAUAUCUCCAAUUUGGAUGCGGAUUGGAAAUAUCCUGCAUCGCGGCGUGAUAUUGAUUGGUUUCCUGUUGAGAAUAUUUGCGGAAGUGACACAUCGAAUGGCACAACGAAGCGAAAAUCUGCGAUGUCUCGUCCGGCUAAAAAGAGAACAGCGCUGGCGAAAUCUCGCGUCCAGCUGUCUCCGAUAUGGAAACUUCGAUGGAUUACGCUGGGCUAUCAUCACGAUUGGGACACCAAGAUAUAUUCCGAUGCGAAGCACACACCGUUCCCAGCGGAUGUGGAUGGAUUAUGCAAAUGCCUAGCCGCGGGAUUGGGAUUUGCUGACUUCACGGCACAGGCCGCGAUCAUUAACUAUUAUCAUUUGGAUUCGACGCUCAGCAUCCAUCAGGAUAUUUCGGAACCCUGCAAAGAUGCGCCCUUGUUUUCGGUUAGCUUCGGGCAGCCGGGAAUAUUUCUGAUUGGACCACAACGACAAGAAUGGCCUAAUGCGGUUCUACUUCGCAGCGGCGAUGUGUUUGUAAUGUCCGGAGCCAGUCGUCUGGACUUUCACGCCGUUCCCAAAAUCUUCCAAGAAGCGAAGGACGGAUUAACGGAUGAUGUCGGUAAUGGUUGGACGGAUGAUGUUCGGGAAUACUUGUCCACUUCCAGGAUCAAUAUGAAUAUUCGACAAGUUUUGCGGCCGGGAAAGACUCGUUUAUACGAAGAAUAGCGAAAUAAGACAAGCGUUGUUUGUGAUAGAGAAUUCGCCUUGGAAACUUUGAAAUGCUAUGAGACUGACAUUGCUGUGAAUUUUGCACUGCUGAAUAGGUUUUGGUGUUCGAUCACUUCAAUGCUCGGCAUCCUCCUGAUCACAUUUUGUCUGAUUCUGAUUACAUGUUUCGCAGCUGCAAUUUAUGAGAGACUGAAAACAUAAUGCGACCGCAUAAACCUAUUGCGAGAUUUGCAACAAAAUAGCAAAUACCGGGAUCAGUAUUAAAAUAA